GCUUGCCAGGGGCAGCUGCUCUCGAGACCUGAAGUGGGGCGCCCACCUCCUCUUCGCGCCAGAGAAAAAGGAAGCCGAGCGACGAAGCGAGGGCGGUUGCUGCUUGCAGACGCUUCAAGUAAGGCUCGCGGCGGAGAGGAAGCGCGCCGCGAGCGAGAGAGGAGGAAGGCAGGCGGACUGGCUUUGGGCGGCGGGCAGAAGCGGACCUAAAAAUCCCUUGGCUAGGCUUGCCCGCCAGUUCUAUUCCUCUCCUUCAACUGGCCAACGCAAACGAGGCCUUUCCAGGGAGACCGCCGGUGCCCAGCACAAGAACUAGCGGCUCGGACCAUCGCCCGAGAGCAAGGCGAACGCGCGGAGCCCGGCGAGGCUCGCGUGACUGGCAAGCGCCGCCUGGCCACGCCAGGAAUGGGAAGCAAGCGCUGCUUUGCCAACCGCUUCGAUGACUACAAGGGGAGCCUGCUGGCCGGGCAAUGCAAGGAGGCGGUGGUGCCCUUGGUGACGGCCACCGUCGACCGCAUCCUCAAGGAGGUGCCCGUGCUGGGUGGUAGCGAAGCGGCAGGCGGCCUGGGCUGCUGCCAGGGGGGGCUCUACGGCGGCGUGGCCUACAUGUUGUACCAAGUCGCUCAGUGCCCCCUCUUUGCUCAGGAGCGGGAUUCCUACCUGCGGGCGGCCAAGCAGCUGAUCGACGGUUGCGUGCGCUACGAGGAGGACUGGGGCGAAGCCGACCCCGAUACCCGCGCCGCUUUCCUGCUUGGGGGCGCUGGCAUCUAUGCCGUGGCCGCCCUGGUUUCCCAGGCGCUCGGACUACCCGAAUGGGCCAAGUCGCUGGGCAAGUUUCGGGAGCUGUGCGAGCUGUGCGUCCCCAUCUCCUUCCUUGAGUGCGGUUCCGACGAGCUCUUCGUAGGCCGCGCCGGCUAUCUCUGCGCUGCCCUGGUGCUGAAGCAGAAGCUGGGGAUGGAGAUACUGACUCCAACACAAAUCAAGUCAAUUUGUCAGGCAAUGUUAGAAUCUGGAAAACAAUAUGCACUGAGGAAAAGAAAACCAGUUCCCCUCAUGUAUUCGUACUAUGGAACAGAAUAUCUUGGAGCUGCCCAUGGACUGUCAUCUAUCCUACAAAUGCUGCUCUCCUAUUAUGAAUAUCUCCCACCUGCUGAUCAGGAACUAGUAUGGCAGAGUGUUGAUUUUCUCAUGGAUCAAGAACAGAAUUGCAAUUGGCCUCCAGAAUUGGGAGAGAUGAUUGAGCGAGAGAAUGAACUUGUACACUGGUGUCAUGGAGCUCCAGGCAUUGCAUACAUGUUUGCAAAAGCGUAUUUGGUUUCUAAAAAGCCCCAGUAUCUAGACAGUUGUAUCUGCUGUGGAGAGCUAACUUGGCAGAAAGGACUACUGAAAAAAGGUCCCGGAAUAUGUCAUGGGGUGGCUGGCAGUGCUUAUGUGUUCCUGCUCCUAUACAGGCUAACAGGCAAUUCUAAAUACAUGUACAGAGCACAAAGGUUUGCUGAGUUUUUGUUUACUGAAGAAUUUAAGGCUGGUUCCAGGGCAUUGGAACAUGUUUACAGUCUGUUUGAAGGUUUCUCAGGCACAGUGUGUUUCCUGGUUGAUUUGCUGCAACCUAACCAGGCUGAGUUCCCUCUCUUCAGCAUCUUUGUGUAACAAGUUCCAGUGCUGUGCCAGGACAGUCAUUCUGGAGGCACAAAUGUAAUUUACUACAAAGGAAAGAUUUUCAUUUGUUUUGUUUGU